CAGGCAUAGUUACAGUGAUGCUCUGCAAGCAGAGUUGCAGUGGUGGUCUGCAGACAGGGUUGGGAUAGUAGGUUGACACUACUUAGCUCGACAGUCAAUAGGUCAACCACCAUUGGUCGACAUAGGAAAAAGGACGACACAUUGAAAUGUCUGACACGGGACAGGUCCUGUCCCAUGUCGACCAUUUUCAUGUGUCGACCAUUUUCCCAUGUUGACCAUGUUAGUGGUCGACCCUUUGAACUAUAACCAGAUGGGAGCAGGGAGUAUAGAACUCUGGCACCUGGGAGCUGACGCAGAGAAAGGAGGACGGGGCACAAAUUAUUAAGAUAUCCUCUUUGGUUGGAGGUUAGGCAAUAAAAUGGUCUGAGAACAAAGGGGGUCAUUCAGAUCUGAUCGCUCCUGUGCAUUUUCGCACAGCGGGCCAUGAGAUCUGAACUGCGCAUACGUAUGCACCGCAAUGCGCAGGCGCGACUGACGAAUACAAUGGGGAUCGCCAGUCAGCGACGGGAUUGUGCGAAGGAUCCAUUCGCACUGGCGUUCGCAAGGAGAUUGACAGGAAGAGGGCAUUUGUGGGGGCAACUGACCGCUUUCAGGGAGUGUCCGGAAAAACGCAGGCAGAAACAAGCGUUUGAAGGGAGGGUGUCUGACGUCAAAUCCGGUCCCGAUCAGCCUGAUGUGAUUGCAGCGGCUGACCAUAGAGAACAUGGCGAAAUGUCUUGUUGAAGGAUGCCGCAAUUGCGGAGGAGAGAAGCCAGGUGUAAUUAUGCACUUGUUCCCGAACAGUCCGGGGAAAAUCAAAACCUGGCUGAGGUUCGUGGUGCGGAGCGGACGCGUCAUCGGGAACAUCGAGGAACUGGCUCAGAACAUUUUUAAGGGGAAAACAGAGGACAGGUUACGGAUUUGUUCGGAACAUUUUACAGAGCAGUCUUACCAGCCAACUGGGCUGCGGAAAGCACUGAAAAAAGGUGCUGUCCCAACGAUCUUCCCUCCGCAAAGCCAAUCGCGGCCAAGGUUGACGUCGCCAAGUAAGAGAGGGGCACCUUUCAAUGAAGCAACACAAGGACAUGCAAGUGGAGACAAUACAGGCUUGCUUCAGCCUAAUCACAUGACGUUAGAUUCACGCCAUUUACAGACUCAUCACGGCAGCCCAUCACCGCUUCCCAAUCAUCGUCCGUGUGACCCGGCAAAUAUAUAUGUGCCAAGUCUGUCCACUGCAUAUUUCCAACAAACUACACAAGAAACCAAAUUAAAUUCUCUUACAAACAAGGAAAGAAAAGAAAUUACUCAAAGCAUAUUAAACAUCACCCUGGAGAUCAUAUACUUGCUGACUGGAGAGGCUUAUACUCUUGUCAAGAAGCCUGUCGAGAGUCAGACACCAAUCAGCCGUCCCUGUCUGUCACAAGGAUUUAGCAGGACCCAGAGCUCCAUCAUGGUGCCUCCACCUCACUCACUGAUACAUGACAGAGACAAUGAUCAGAAGAUCCUGGAACUCACCAACAAGAUCAUUCAGCUGCUGACUGGAGAGGUUCCUAUAAGAUGUGAGGAUGUCACUGUCCAUUUCUCCAUGGAUGAGUGGGAAUAUAUAGAAGGACACAAGGAUCUGUACAAGGACAUGAUGGAAAAUCAGGAGACACUCUCAUCACCGGAUGUUCCGAUAAAUUAUGAAGCUGAAUACACAUCUACUCAUAUUAAGGAGGAACCAGUCUCAUGUGAUGGAGGAGACCUCACACACACUGACAUGUAUACACCCACAGAUACAGUUUCAUACGAGUGUGGAAAGAUCACUGCUGCUGAUACAUCCACAGAUUAUACAGAGACGAAAUGUUCAUCUAAUGAAGCGGUACAUGCACAAUACUUGUAUAAACGUGAGCAGAUAUGCCAAAAAUAUCCAUUAUUAUACAAAGGAAAUAUAGACGCAGACGUCUAUGCACUGAUCAAACAUGCACAUACAAAAUAUUCAUUUACUCGAAUUGAGGAGGAUUUCACAUCAAAUGAAGACACAUCUACUCAUAUUAACAAGGAAUCGGUCUCACAUGAUGGAGAGGACACAGACACUGACAUGUAUACACCCACAGAUCAUACACAGUAUACAUCUACUCAUAGUAAGGAGGAACCUGUCUCAUGUGAUGGAGGAGACCUCACAGACACUGACAUGUAUACACCCACAGAUCAUACACAGUAUACAUCUACUCACAUUAAGGAGGAACCAGUCUCAUGUGAUGGAGGAGACCUCACAGACACUGGCAUGUAUACACCCACAGGUCAUACACAGUAUACAUCUACUCAUAGUAAGGAGGAACCAGUCUCAUGUGAUGGAGGAGACCUCACACACACUGACGUGUAUACACCCACGAGUCAUACACAGUAUACAUCUUCUCAUAUUAAGGAGGAGCCUGUCUCAUGUGAUGGAGACCUACAAGUCACUAAGAAUUAUACUCCCACAGGUCAUACACAGUAUACAUCUACUCAUAUCAAGGAGGAACCAGACCAUUGUGAUGGAGGAAACCUCGCAGACACUGACCUGUAUACACCCACAGGUCAUACACAGUAUACAUCUACUCAUAUUAAGGAGGAACCAGACCAUUGUGAGGGAGGAGACCUCACAGACACUGACAAUUAUACACCCACAGGUCAUACACAGUAUACAUCUACUCAUACUAAGGAGGAACCUGUCUCAUGUGAUAGAGGAGACCUCACACACAGUGACAAUUAUACACCCACAGGUCAUACACAAUGUACAGUCUCAUAUGAGUGUGGAAAGAUCACUGCUGCUGAUACAUCCACAGAUUGUACGGAGACAAAAUGUUCAUCUAAUGAAGCGGAACACGCACAAAAACUGUAUAAACGUGAGCAGAUAUGCCAAAAAUAUCCAUUAUUAUAUAAAGGAAAUAUAGACGCAGACGUCUAUGCACUGAUCAAACAUGCACAUACAAAAUAUUCAUUUACUCGAAUUGAGGGUUUCACAGCAAAUGAAGAUGAGCGUGUUCCCUACACUGACAUGUAUACCCCAACUGAUCACCCACUGUGUACACCUCAUACUACAGAGGAAUCCGUCUCGUGUGGUGGAGGAAAUAUCACAAGCGCCAACACGUAUACACACAUGGAUCAUUCUCAGUAUACAGCUACCCACCACAUAACGAAGGAGUCCAUCCCUCCUACAGCAGCGAAAUUGCCAAGGGCCAGUAGUCGCUUAGAUUUUAAAUGUCCUGAGUGCUCGGAACGGUUUGCGCAUAGGGUGGGCUUCGCCGAUCACCGGAGAAGCCACAGAAGGGAGAAGUUGACGUGUCCUGAUUGUGGGAAAUUAUUUUCAAACAGAUCCAGUCUCUUAAAUCACCUCACCAGCCAUACAGGAGAGAAGCCGCAUGUGUGUCCCACGUGCGGUAAAUGUUUCGCCAGGAAAAGCAAUCUGAUGACCCAUCGGAGGAUUCACACCGGUGAUACCUCCUGUAAGUGCCUGGAGUGCGGGAGAAGUUUCCUGAAUGAGGCAGACCUUGCGAAGCAUCAGAUUGUCCAUGAGAACUAAACUAGCCAUUGGCUCUCAGUCUAGGUAAAUAUUUUUAAUAAAAAUUCAUGGCAAGUAAGAAUUGCGAAUAUCCUCCCAUGGAAGAAGCCAUCUAUACCGAUAUGUGAAAAAACGCUCUGCCAGUUAUAUUUUCUGUCACUCAGUAGAGGUCCAUCCACUCCACUUGACCUGAUGGUCAAGAGCAUGCCAGAAUUAACAUUUUCUUACUGAGUGUGCGAUAAAUACAGCCUUGGAUUAUAAGAGAACAAUGUAGAGUCUACGGGGGUCAUUCCGAGUUGAUCGUGGCCAUGCUAAAUUUAGCACAACCACGAUCAUCUUCCCUGACAUGCGGGGGGACGCCCAGCACAGGGCUAGUCCGUCCCUCAUGCCAGUCCGCCCCCCCCCCAGCACAAGUACAAAAGCAUCGCACAGCUGCGAUGCUUUUGUACUUGUGGAGUAACUUCCGGCCAGCGCAGCUCCUGUGGCUGGCUGGGAGUUGAUCGGCGCUGCCCCCGGUCGCAGCGGCUGCGUGUGAUGUCACGCGGCCCGCCCCCCGCAUGGUCCGGCCACGCCUGCAUUGGCCGGACCGAGCCCCCAUAACGACGGCCAAACGCCGCCGUGCCGCCCAGUGACCGCCUCUGCCUGUCAUUCAGGCAGAGGCGGUCGCUGGGGAACGACGGCCUUCGGCCAUCCAGCAUGCGCCGGCGCAUGCUGCAGUUCCGAUACGAUCGCUGCGCUGCGAUAAACUGCAGCAAGCGAUCGGGUCGGAAUGAACCCCUAAAUUAGGAUUAGCCUCUAUGUUGUCCAUUACAAUUUAAUUUGAAUGUCCUUUCAUAUUGAAAAUGUUGAUAUCUUUAAUAAAGAUCGUUACUC